GCUAAAACUUAGAAGAAGAAGAAGAAGAAGAACAGAGCACUUGCUGCUGUCAAUCGGAGUCUUUGAUCCAUUUAAGGACGUUUUUCCUUCAGGAUCCCGUGGAAAAGACCGAAUUUUAUUCUUUUAUUUGGUGCUUUAAACCCGCGUUUACAUAAAACCUCCACUAAAUUACACGUUAUUCAGGAUAUUCCAGCAAUAAAUAUAAUGGAUGUAUGGCGAGCAUCUGAUUAGUUUAUAAAGUAAAAAUUAACCCUGUCGAGAGAAAACCCUACCGCUUCAUCUGGUUCUUCAGAAGAUCUGACUUUACACUUGGAUUUAGUUACUUCAGAUUUACAGUGACCUGGGCAGUUUUUUCAAGGAGCUCUCUUCCACAAACACAAGGCCGAUUUCUGUUGCUCAAACCCUGUGAGGCACCAUGGCUAAAGUGCAGGUGCUAAACGUGGCUGUUCUGGAUAAUCCCAGUCCCUUUGGGAACCCGUUUCAAUUCGAAAUCACGUUUGAAUGUAUGGAGGAUUUGCCUGAAGAUCUGGAGUGGAAGAUCAUCUACGUGGGCUCAGCUGAGAGUGAGGAGUACGACCAGGUCCUGGACUCGGUUCUGGUCGGCCCAGUUCCUGCAGGCAGACACAUGUUUGUCUUUCAGGCGGACGCUCCAAACACAGGGCUGAUCCCUGAGAGCGAUGCGGUGGGCGUGACCGUCGUGCUGAUCACAUGCACAUAUCGCGGACAGGAAUUCAUUCGCAUCGGUUACUAUGUAAACAAUGAGUACACAGACCCUGAGCUACGGGAAAACCCACCUGUCAAACCCAACUACACACAGCUGCAAAGGAACAUCUUGGCGUCUAACCCCCGCGUGACCCGUUUCCACAUUAACUGGGAAGCGACUAUGGACAAGAUGGAGGAUUCGGAGAAUGUAGAUCCCGCCCCCAACGCCAUGCUCCCGCCCAUCUCCAUGCCCGGCAAAGCCCCGCCCCUUGGACUCAUGCCUGACAACUCUAUGGACUGCUUAUAGAGCCUGAACACAACAACGACCUCAUGCAUAAAGUAAUAAAUGUGUUAUUUUGUAUUUAUACUCCUGAUGUUCUUACAGUUGAGAUCGGACACACACACAUGCACACACACACACACACACACACACUGGUCUCAGCCCUCUAGCACUGCUCUGAUCACACACCUGAAGCGCUCGGGCAGUCGUGGGACUAUGUCUUGUGCUCCCUGUCCUGAACAACAGUAGCACCAGCAGACAUGGACUGUUUUCUUCUGGUUGUGGUGAGGUGAAUCCCAUAAAAACAUGUUCUGUUCACAUUUUCUUACAAAUUAUAUUUUCCAUAAAGACAAGGAAGCACUGCAGGACGAUUAGUACGUUUACGUUUUGACAUUGUUCACAAAUGUUUUCCCCCAAACUGUCAUAAAUCAAAAAACCUAAAAACUAAAAAAACUGCUCAUUCUCAUUACUGUAAUGCAAAAUUGUUUAUAAUAAUGAUAUAAAAAUAAAGUUUGGUUAAGUAUCCUUUCAUCACUGCUGUGUUGAUUAAAUAACUGAUGAGGAUUAUCACUGAGAAUAAUAGGAUUUACCAAAAAAAAGACAGAGAAAUUCAUCCCUUAUGGUCAGAAAUUAGAGCAACUUUUUGGGGAAUAUUUUCCUCUGAAAUGAUUAAUAUUUUGAAACGCAUUACAAUUCCAGCUCUGUUUCUGUUUUCUUGGGACGUCAGAUUGUUUAUAAAAUGAUUUCGUUUGGUUCUAAACUGAAUCCAAGUUGGUUCUUCUGUUGCCUUUUGUAAUAUUUGUUUAUGAAAACUCUUGGGUUUAAUAAAACUGGACUUUUGUCUUUGGUGUUCUCUCCA